AUGAUUUUGAUUAUCGCUAUUAUCACAAUUAUUUUAUUUCUAAUAAGGUAAAUUGAUUUUUCAUAAGGGUUAUUUAAAAGUUAAAUAGAAAUCUGAAACUGGGUUUUUUUAUUUAUGAAAUUGAGAGUUCUAACGGAGCAAUUAGACAUUUUAUUUAUUUAAAAAAAUGAUAAAAAUUAUAUAAUUUUUAAACGUGACCUUUUUUUUAAAUGAAACGUGAGUUAUAAGUUUAAUUUUUUUGAUAAAUUUAUGGUGGAAAAUGGUAGGUUUUUCAAGGUUUUAAAACUGGGGAUAAUCAAACUGAUAAAUUUUAUAUCUUUCAGUGAACAUUCAAAAAAAAUGAAUUUUAAAAAGUCCAAAUUUUUGUAGCUAUGCCGGCUGUAUAUUCUCUUGGUUGUUUUCGCUCCUGACAAAAUCCGAAUUUCGAGUCGGAACAGUCGGUUUUUUCGAAUUUCGAGAUGUCAGUGUUCGAUUGGCUCAAAGUUUAUCAAUUCAUAUUGAUUGUAUUUCUUUGAGAAGGGACAAAACACAUCCAACGUAAGUUCUAAUUAAUAAUUUCUUUUUUGAAAAAUGUUUAAUUUCAGACGAUUUUGUGUUUUGCAAAUUGGCGAUGUUCGAAUUGAAGGUGAUCCAAAAAAGUUAUCACCGACAAGAGAAUUCGCGCCAACUGGAAAUGAAGAAAAUAGUAUUGAAAAAACGAAAAUAAUGAUUCAAAAAUUAGCAAGAUUGGCACAAUAUUGUGGACUUAUUGUAAAUCGAGUUCAUCUUGUGAUUCUGAAUGUUAUACCUGAAUCUAUGCUUCAUGUUACAAUUGAUGAUUUAUCGAUUGAAAUGUUUCGAAGUCGAGAUGGUUGGCAAUUGGAAACUAAUUGUAGUUUAAUUCAAGCAAAAGUUUUGAGAAGAAAUUCGCCGACUGGAAGUCUUUUAGCUGAAUUAUCACUUCCAUUGCAAUUAUCAUUAGAUGUUGGAAAAACAAGAAUUAACAAAAUAGUUGUUCGAAUUACAAGUCCAUCAUUUGCUUUUACUCAAGAUAUUUUCGAUAUAAUUGGAUUGUUAUCUUCAUCUCAACAAAAUAAUGAAACACUUGAACAAGAAGCUGAAAAUACUUCAUUGAUUAAUAUUGAUUGGCAACUUCAUUUAAAUGUUGAUAUUGAAUCGGCAUCUUUUAAAUAUACUGCUAAAAUCAAUGAGGAAUUGAGAUAUAUCACUUUGAAUAUUCGAAAUUUUGUUGUUGGAAAAUGUGACAAAGUAUUUAAAAUGGAAAUUGUUGGAUUUUUUAUUAGCUGAUCAAUUACAAAAAUCUGCAAUUAAAACUGGAUCUUUGGUUUUGAAUGUUUCGGUUAGUUAAUUUGAACAAAAUUAAAAAGGAAAAUCGAGGACUCGCCGGAUAAUCGUUUUGGUAAUUCCGAGAUCCCAAGACAUAACUAUUCCAAAAAUCCCAGGGUGCACAAGUCGCCUGAAAUAUAGCUAUGACGUGAAAAACUAACCAAAAGAACUGGACCCUUCGAGUACUGUAAUUAGUUUUAGAUAAAAUAAUUUUGAAUUUUGAGCUAGUUGUGCAGUUUUUGGAAUAGUUAUCUCUUGGAUGAAAUUACAAAAAAACAAUUUUAUUCGGUGAGUCCACGACCUUCUUUUGUUAAUAAUGUCUUGUUGAAAAAAAAAUGUUUCUCAGGAAUCUGAAAAUAUUUCAACAAUUGAAGUUCGAGCAAUUUCUGAAGAAUCGCAUACAAGUUUAUCAUUUGAUGAUACUCUUUGGUGGAAGAAACAUUUUGAAAAUUCAAAUAUCAAAUUGCCACCAAAUCGUCAGAAAAAUUCAUCAACGAAUACAAAAAAUCUUGAUGUUUUCCUAGAAUUGUCAAGUAUUUCUUGUGAUAUUGUUGAUUUUGAAAAGAAAAAAUCUCGAAUGCAAAUUGGAUUUAUAAGUUUCCAAAAACUUCAAGAUGAAUUCGAAAUUGGCGUGGAAAUGUUGAGUUUUGGUCGAGUUUUAAUUGAAAAUGAGAAUAAUUGUUUGGAUAAACACACUUGGGGCGAAUCUUUAUUUGUUGGAGCAAUACUUAUUCAAUGGAGAAAAAAUGAAGGAAUAAUUGGAUGUGAUGAUGUUAAAAUAGAAUGGUCUGAUAGAUUUGCAAAACAAAUUAAUGAUAUCAUGAGAAUUAUAAAAUCAAGUGGAAAAACAGAAAAUGACGAGAAAUCAAAUAGAAAAUUGAGAACAUUUGGAUUUUGUGGAACAAUUAAUCGAAUUUCAGUUAUUACCACAAUUUAUGAUAAAUCAUAUGCUGCAAUUUGUUGUUCAAAAAUUGAUAUUGUAUCACCGGAUAUUCAAACUGACAUAAUAAUUGAAAUGGGAUAUACAAGAGGAGCUGAAGGAAUUCGAAAAAAUGAUGAGAUUUCAAUUGAUAUUGAUACUAUUUUCAAAGCAAAAACAACGAAAACUAUGCAAAAUAAUGAUAUAAAUUGUUCGCCAAGUCGAAGAUGGAAUCAAAAAUUGAGAGAAACAAAUGAUGAACAAAUGAGAAAAUCAGUUGAAGAUGGUAUUAAUCCUAAAAUGGUAAGUACUAAUUUGAAUUUUUGGAGAUUAUCAUUAUAACUUUUUUGUUUCAGUUUCUAUCAUUUGAUAGUCUUCAAAUAUUAAUUGAUCGAAGAUUUAAUGUAAUUGACAAUAUAUCUUUGAAAUCAGCCACCGCAUUUUAUUUUUCUUGGUCUCCUCAUUUACAUUUGAUUAUUUUCCAUUCAAUGAAAUCGAUCAAACAAGCUUUUUAUGUGGAACAGAAUAAUUCGACAAAAAGACGAGUUCCGAGAAAACGGAAUUUCUUUAUUGAAGCACAAAAUGUUGUAGAAAUUCAAUUGGAAUUGGCAAGAGAUCAUAGGUUAGUUAACAAAAAAUAUGAAGAUGUUAGUAUAGUUCUUUUUGAAACACUCAAAUGCAUUUUAAAAUGAAAAAAUCGGAUAUAAAGUCGGGACGUUCGAAUUUCUUUUGAACAUUUUUAAAGAAAAGUCAGAAUUCCGAACUUCCAAAAAUGAAUCGAAAUUUCAACCUGAAAAUUCUUAAAUUCUAGGAAGUAAUUUGUAACAGUCAUAUACAACAUAAGAUUUUUCAGAAUAUUAUGGAAGGCUGAUACCUUGAGUUUUGAAAAAACAGAAGGAGAAAUGACUGUGAGAUCGAAUGAAUUAGAUAUUCUUAUGAAUUCGAAUCAGAUUGUAAAUGUUAUGGUUGGUUUUUUCUUCAUUUUUAACACUUUUUAAUCUCCUAACACUUGUUUUCAGGAACCAUUAAUUGCAAUUCGACGAUUUGAUGAUUUGAUGUCAUCUUCUCGACAAGCAUUUGGAACUCUAUUUUCACUUCAAAAUAAAACGUGGACUUGGGCAGCUGAUCGAUUCUUAUUCCAUCUUCCGUUUGAUUUCAACUUUGCGCAAGUUUUCAAUGAAUUUAUUAAUAUCAUAAAAUGGAUCAAAAUUGUUCAUGGAAUUGAGAAGAAACCAUUCACAUCUGAAUCUCCGCUGCCAAGUGAUGUUAGAAUUGAAUUCAAAGAAGUUGUUUUAGAAUUGGAAGACGAUGAUUUUGAAAAUCGGUUGAAAUUUAGUCAUGAAUUGAAAGAAGAUGAAGUAUAUGAAAGUGAAAGAAGAAGUCAAAUAUUGGAAGAACGAUUGAUGCAAUUGAAAAAGAAUAUUCCAUUGAUUCCAAGUUGGUUUUUGUUUACAAAAGUAAACUCAGUUAUAUUUUGAAAAUUAUAAUUUUUCAGAUGAAAUUCUUGAACAAUUAAUCGAAAGUUUGAAUGAAAAAAAUAGCGAAAUUUAUAUUGAAAGAUGGAAAAGAAGUGAUUUCAACAAAAAGCCAUUAUUUUGUUCGAUUUGGAAAGGAUGGAAUAUGAGAGCUUUUGCUGAUAUUACUUUACAUGGAACUGAAAAAUGUUUGGAAUUGAUGAAAUUAUUCGAUCCAUUGAGUAGUCUACCAAAUGAUCAGAUUUAUUCAACACUUUGGGCACGAGCAGUUGAAUUUGAUGUUGAUGAAUGGAGUGUUACUUUUAAAGAUUAUCCAAUGAAAUAUUUGGAUAUUAAAGAUCUUCAUUUUUUCGGAACUCUUGUUGGUGCUGAAAGUUAUAAUGAAGGUCGAUCAAUUCGUGAAGCAACAAUUCCAGUUCCAAUUCCUUGGCCAACUUAUUCAGUUAAAAGAAAUAUGUCACCUUUAAAGUUUUAUUAUGAUAUGCAAUGUGCAUCAAGCGAAUAUCGAUGUACUUAUGGACCAUGUUGGGAACCAUGUUUAUCGAUGAUAUCUUUGACUUGGAAUAAUAUAUCAGCACCAUCUCGAGAUCCAUCUCCUCCACUUCCAUUUUGGGAUAAAAUGCGAUUUUUGUUACAUGGUAAAUUAUUGUGGUCAAGUGAAAUAAUGGUGACAACAAUGCUUGCUUCAAAUGAUCCAUAUAAUGAAACAGAAACAAUGGAAAUGUUUUGGGAUGAUUUUGGAUUGGAUUGGGCACUUGGAGAGAUUCGAAUUAAAUCUGGACUUCGAAUAUUUGUUCGAACUGCUUCUCGAUAUGAUGAUUCACAAGUUUUAACACUUCCAGAUGUUAGAUUGAAAAUAUUAUUAGGAUGGGAUUGUGCUGGAGAUUCACAUGAUCAUCAUUCAAUUGUACUUUGUUCGCCGGAUAAAUUACCGCAUUAUUCAUCCCGAGAUGAACAUGAUUCAUAUCGACAAUUUCGAUCUUCUUGUGUUAAUGUUACUUUGAAUUUUGAUGUUUCGCCUGGAAGUUGUACGACUCUUGAUAAAUUGCCCAAUGUUUUGUUAUAUUCGAACACAUUUCGAUGUAUUGAACAGUUUUUGGUGGGUUUUUUGAAAAUGUUUGGUCUUGGGAAAAUUAUUUUCCACUUUUUGUUCAAAUUCGGAGAAAAAAUAAAAUUGGUAUUUUUAUUCUCAAAUUAAUAACUAAAGCCGAUUCUGUUAUAUCACAAUUCAAUUUUUUUUUGAAUUUUUUGGAAUAUUUUUUGGAAAUCUUGAGAAAAAAAUGGCCAUAAAAGUUGUCUCCAAAUUUCGGUCCUCCCAGAGCAUUUCCAUAAUUUUCCAGAAAUCGUUGACUACAAAAAAUCGAAAUGUUCGACGUGGAAGUGUAUUUGGUAAUCGAGUUCUUCUCAAACCACAACUUUCAAAACAUUUUGGAAAAUUGCAAGUAUCUGUUUCACUUCCAAAAGUUGUCCUAACUUAUUGGAUGUCACAUUCUUCACCAUUUGGUUUUCGUGUUUUUUCGGAUGGACUUCAAUUAACAGCAAGUUUUCGACAAACAGUUCAACAUUCUUCAGUAAAUCGAGACAUGAAUGUUCAACGUCGAAAAGUUUAUAGUUGGUCAACACAUCAUAUGACUUGUACUUGGUGGGCAACACAAGUACAUGUUUAUGGAAAAGAAAGUCGACCACAAGAAUCAGGAAUUCCUUCGGAUGAUACUUUUCUACUUGGAUUUGGAAGAGUUCAAUAUGCAAGAGAAGCUUAUCCAGGAAAAGAUAUUCCACUUCAUAAAGUGACUGCAUAUGAUUUGAAAAUGUCUUGGACAGCUGAUAAUCGAAAUGCUUGUUUGACAAUUGCUGAUGGAGUACAUCGAGCACAUAUGUUGAGAAGAAUUCUAUCAAAUGAUGCUGUUAAAACUAUUAAUGUAGGUUCGAAUAUUUCAUUAAUUUCUGAUUGGGACAAACAAUCAGACAUAUUUCAUUCUGAUUUGAUCAAGAUAUUCUGCGAAUUUGACCUGAUUCAUAAUAUCAAUAUUUGAACUAUGCAUAGACAAAUUCCCAUGAUUAAAAAAUGUUUUAGUCCUAAUUCUCUUCAUAAUUUCAGAUUCAUCUUGAAGAGGAAGAAAAAACUAAAAAUCAACCGACAUCUUCAAAAAUUAAAGACGAUUGCAAAAAACAUAGACGUGGAUACAGUAUGACUGAAGCAAAUCCAUGGAUGUUGACACAAUUAAUCGAUGAAGUUGGUACAAAAUUAGUUGCACAUUGUGAACAAGCAUCCGAUGUUCCGAUCGAUUCUUUGGUUGGUGUUCAAUUAGCAACUGCUGAUGAUGUUAAAAUAUUGAAUUGGCAAGGUUAGUUGCAAAAUGAAAAUAGCUCCAAUCGAAAAUUGUUUGUUUUUCAGUGGAUUUAUUCAAUAGUCAAUUAGUAUUGAAAGGAUGUGAGAGAGAUGGAUUUUUGCUUGUCUGUGCUGCAAAAGCUCAAUUAUUACAGAAUGUGAGUUUUAAAUUUGAAAUAGGAAAUUUUUAGGAUCCAACUAGAAUUGAUUUUUUGAAGUUCCACAAUUAAUAUAUUUUUAACUAAGAUUCAUCGAAGUGUUUGGAAAGACGGACUUUUAUUAUCCAAAAAAUCCUGGGGUGCCCUUUUAUCCGGAAUGCAAUAUUUUGCUCCAAUUUCUGCCACAGGAUGGAAUAAAGAGAAAUUCCAAUGGUUACCAAGAGAAGUUAUUGAAGAAAAAACACAGGAUACUGCUGGAUUUGCUGAUGAUUUUGUGCAGAAAUAUUCGGCGACUGGAGAAGCUGUUGGAGGUGUUGUUCAACAAGGUAGGUUGUUUUUUCAAUCUGAAUUUCUUCAAUCAAAAUUUUUUUAGAAACUGACGCGGGUGAAAAGGUUCAAUUACAAAGAAUAGUUUCUCGAUGCAGUUGUCAAAUAUAUUUUGUAUACUUUUCUGACGAAUUGAAAACGGAAGAAGAUAUUACAAUUCCUCAACCACAAAUCGAUGAAAAACAUCAAGCUUUAGUUGGAAGUGAAGAAUUUGGAAUUGAUGUUUUGACUUUGAAACAUAAUAUGUUGGAAUCAACAAGCAAUUCAGAACAAUAUGAAAUGGUUGUUGAUAUUGUGAAUAAUCUCGCAUUAUUCGUUGAUCCCAAUAAAAAAGCAUUGGGAGAAAAAAGAAGAAGAUUGAGAUUUGAAUCACAAAUGAUAACAAUGCAAGAACUUCGAGGAAAAAUUAUGAAAUAUCAAUCAGAACUCAGAGAAAUUGUAUCACUUGGAAGAUAUUUGGAAAGACAAUUAUUUUAUUCGAAUCAAGGAGAAUUAAUAACAGAUGUUGAUAAAUUAGAACAAGAAACUGAAGAGACAAAAUUGCGAAUUAUGAAUGUUUCCGAAAAAUUGGAUACAUUUAUCAGUUGUUAUAAACAAAGACAAAUUGCAAAAUCGAAAGAUAUCGAAAGUAAUUUCCAAAAAGAAGAAGUUGAAGUUAUUCGAAGAUUUGAAGUUUGUUUUGAGGAUUGUAUUUGGAAAUUAACUGAAAGUGAUGGACAAAUUGCUUUAGCACAAACUCAAAUUCGAAAUUUCUUAUAUACGAGAACUGUUCGAAAUGGAAAUUGUGGAGAUCAUUUAUUUGAAGUUGGAAGUGUUCGAGUUACGAAUUUAUUGCCAGAUACCAUUUAUAAACAUGCAUUGCACAGGUAUGUGGGGAGUUUUUGGAGAUAUUUUAAUGUGAGAAAAAUGUUAUAUUUUUGCCAAGAUCACAGCAUUCAAAAAAUGAUCAUUGAAUUUGGGAUGUAAAAUUAAGCCCACAAUUUCUAAUUUUUUGCCCUUUCAAUUUGUAUCAAUAUACAGAAUUGCAGUUUUCCCACGUUUUCCAUUUUUUUUCUCAGAGAUGAAUCUCGACAAACGCGUCAACCAGCAAUUCGAUUAUUUGUUCGUGAUAUGCCACCAGUUGGAGGAAUUUGUGUAAAAGAACAUUUUGAACUGAAUAUUUCACCAAUGGUUGCCGAAAUAACACAUCGAUUAUUCGAUAAAAUGAUGAGAUUCUUCUUUCCGGGAAGAAAUAUUCAUACAAAUGAGAAUUUGGAAACUGAACCUGAAAUCUCAACAUUUUCAUUUACUCGAAAAAUUGCAAGUAGUUUAUCAAUGAAAAAUGAUAAAUUGCAAUCAAGUAAAAGUGGAACAUUGAAUAGUAUUUCGAGUGCAACAAAUAAUGGACAAAAUAUUAUGAGCAAUGGAAAUAAUCAUAAUUUGAUAUCAACAAAUAAUGCAUUGAUUUCAUCAGCUGAACAAGAUGAUAUUGAUAGAAUGAGAGAAAGAGCUGAUCAAGUUAAUCAUUUUAUGUAUAUUAAAAUACCUGAAGUAUCAUUUGUUGUAUCAUAUAAAGGAAAUAAGGAUAAGAAUCUGAUUGAUGUUCAUCAAUUCAAUUUCAAUUUCCCACUUUGUGAAUUUCAUGAACAAAAUUGGACUUGGCUGGAUUUGGCAUUAGCUGUUAAACAAAGAUGUAAACGGGUAUUAUUGCAACAGGUUAAUAGUUUUUGGGCUCUGAAUUGGGAAGAGGUUAAAUUAUUUCUUGAAAAAUAUUAUUUUUAGAUCAUUUUUCAUAAUUCAGACUAAAAAUUUCAAAAUCUUUCACCAAAAGUCUGAAAUACCACGUGUAAAAAUUAGAGUAAAAAAUUUCACGAUGUUUUAAUGCCAUGUGGCACUCUUGACCAAACUUGAUUUCCUUUAACUUUUCAAAUUACUGUAGUAUACACUAUCGUAGUCUCAAAAAUCGGAAAAUUCUUUUUCUGAAGUAGAUCGGCUCUAUCUUUUGAGGGUCCUCGAAGAAGUCAAGAGUUCGAUUUUCCAAUGAAAUUUUUCACGAACUUUUUUUCAACAAUUUUUCAAAUUUCUACUUAUUAUAGUUAGACUACUCUAAUUUCUGAAGAAAUAAGUUUAAGAAGGCCGAAUUAUUUUUUAUCGAUUUCAAACAUUUUUAUCGAGCCCUUUAUUAAUUUAUCAUUUUUUUUCAGUUUAUGCGCCAAAAAUUGCUUCGUAAUCGAAUUUCUAAUUUUUCAAUUGAUCCACCUCAACAAGGAGUUAGUGAAGAAGAAAAGAAACGAAUUGCUAUUGGAAUGGUUUGUUUUUUUUUGUUUUUCUAUUGUCUUGUUCUAAAUAGUGUUUUAUUUUACGAGAGUGACCUAAACAAUAAAACCGACACAUUUUUAUUGCUCUUGCCCGUUAUUUUUUUUGUUUUCUAAAUAUUUGAUUGGUCAUUGAUCAAAACAGCAUAGGUCAAUUGAUUGAUACAACCUACUGCCUUCUGUUCGGAGCUUUUUUUACACUAGGCUCGGAUUUUAUGAGGGGGGAAAUGUCAAAAAGAAAAAUAUUGGAACAGAAAUUUUUGAUUUAAAAUAUGAAUUGUUAUUUUUUAUGUGUAUUGGUUGUUUUGAAAAGGUUUAGAAAGAAUAGUUUUUUUUAAUUUCUGAAAAUUCCAAAAAAAAAAUUCUUUGCAAUCAUAAUUUAAAAUUUUCCAGACAAGCGCCGACCAAAAACAACACAAGACGAAGUAA